UUUUGUAUUACCAUUGAUAAAUCAAAACCUUUUGAAGGAAGGAAAGGUUUUGAUUACUUUGAAUGAACAAAGUAGUACAAUUCAUGAGGUCAUUACCUGGUCUGAUAUUGAUAUUAGCGCUAGUAACUGUGCUGGGUGCAUUUUUAUUCCAGAAGAUUGAAGGUCCAUAUGAAGAGCGUUCCAGGACACAUGUAUCUAAGACAAGGCAAAAAAUUUUUGUCUUAGCUCAACAAUUAGCUAAAAAAGGUGAUAAUGCUGAUUGGUCAAAAUUAGUUGCUCAAGUGGAUCGAUAUCGUGAGAAAUUAUACGAAGCAUGGUUAUCUGGCACAGAUGAAUUAACUAUAGAUAUACCGACAAAAUGGAGUCUUUGGGGUAGUAUCUAUUAUUGUUUCACACUAUUUACAACUAUUGGUUAUGGUAAUGUGUUUCCAUCCACUGUUACUGGCAAAUUAAUAACUAUUAUUUAUGGUAUGAUUACCAUACCAUUAUGCAGUUUGCUUAUAAGUCGAAUAUCAGAUGUUAUUAUCAGACUGACCAAAGCAAUUUAUUAUAUGACACUUGAUCCUUCUGGAGUUCCAGUUGGAUUAAGAGAUGCAUAUCAUAGAAUUGAUGCAACUUUCGAUUUUCGAGUACUUCCAUGCAUUUUAACAUUCGUAAUCUAUCUGGCAUUUGGAGCUGGGAUAUAUUCUUAUAUAGCUGGACAAAAAGAAGUAGAAUGGAGUAUUUUAGACUUAAUUUAUUUCGCAUUUAUUUCAAUAUCAACUGUUGGGUUUGGUGAUUUAGUACCAGAAACUGAUGUGUUUCUUGCGGUCCUAUCAAUUGUUUACAUAAUAAUUGGUCUAGCAAUCACUGGUAUUGUAUUUAAACGUUUAACUGAUGCAUUUGAAUAUGUUUUAUGCAGUCCAACUACCGGGUCAACUGGAGAAGGUCUUAUGAAUGCUGAACAACACCCUAUUCAUGGUGCACAACAAAUGAAAAACAAAACAAAUGUAACACAUUUAAAACAAAAUUAACUUAUUGAACAUUGAGCACAACAUAGCGAUAGACAACUGUGACCAGUCACUUCAUUACUUACUGUACAACAAACAAAACAAUCGGAUGAAUUUUGCUGAUAGAGACUGAAUCAUUAAACUGCCUUAUUGAUUUUAAAUGUAUUUUCUUUGAUUCUUAUUUAUUGUCUGUAAAUGCCAACAAAAUCCUGUCGCCAUUAUACCAAAAAAAAGUGAUAUUCAUGUUAAUUUUACCUGUUUGUUUUGUAGAAAAGAGUUAUUCAAAGAAACUUGUUAUGUUAAACUGAGUUGGAAAGGAGGCUAAAUGGGGUUUUUAAUCAGGCAAAAAUAUAAAAAAAAUUACUGUUGCCAAAUUAUGAUUUUAUAUUUUUGUUAGUUAAUUGCCUGCAUACUCUGUAGAU